AUGGCUGCAAAAGAAACCGUGAAAACGAUUUGCAGAAAUGCGAGACCUGUGAUGUCUUCCGAUCUCACUGAAGCACGCAGGCGAGCCUUGGGUCUAUAUAGAGCAUUUUAUCGGUACAUACCUUACAUAAUAAAAUAUUUUGACAUACCCAAAAACGAGCAGGAUUGCCGCUGUAAAUUGAGAGAAUACUUUUACAAACAUGCCUGUGUCACAGAUGUGAGAGUUAUUGAUAUAUUAGUGAUUAAGGGUUAUAUGGAGCUUAAAGAAGUCACUCAUCUAUGGCAACAAAAAGGUCACGUAAUGUCUCAUUGGAAUCCAAGCGCCGAGCCUAAGCCCUGCGACUUCCUCGGCAAAUUUUUAGCGGGCAUGGAUUAA